AGCUGUGGGUCCUGUGCGUUUCCAUGAUUCUUGCACACUAUAAAUCCACCCCAGUACCCUCUUCUUUUCUUUCACAAGCCAUUCUUCCCUCCAUUUCACAGCUUGAGAGAACAUGUACCCUGCUGAGAUUGCUAGUGUUCCAUACUUAUCUCAUGCAAGUGCAGCCUCUUUCAAACCUCAUUACCAUGCAGCUACAAAUGACUUCCUCUUCCAGUAUAGCAACCUUCUGGUGCCUCAUCCUUCAUACUACCAAGAUGUUGCCCACCUGGUUUAUGAAGCAAGCUUGCCAGUUGGUAACAAAUCCAAUUCAGAGGAAUCAGAUGAUUAUCAACGCAGCCUUGCAGAAGAGCGCAGGAAGAGAAGGAUGAUAUCCAAUAGGGAGUCUGCCCGACGAUCACGCAUGAGAAAGCAGAAGCAGUUGAGUGAGCUCUGGGCGCAGGUUGUCCACAUGCGCAGCACCAACCGUCAACUCCUUGAUCAGCUGAAUCAUGUCAUCAGAGACUGCGACCGUGUUCUCCAUGAAAACUCGCAGCUGAGAGAUGAACAAACCAAAUUGCAGAAGCAGCUUGAGAAGCUCCCUGUAGAGACCACAGGUAGUGGCGUCAUGAGUCCUGACUCUUGAAGUAUCCAGGAUUACAUGUAUUAGAUGGAUAAUAUGAGACUUAAACUAAGAGGCUUCCUUCGUUCUAUCCUGAGAUUUCAUUUUUGUAUCUUUGCUCUAUGUUCGGUAUCAAUGUUAGUAUGUAGCAGCCAGGUGGUGACUAGUGAGUUCUCCAUUUUAUUUCAUCAUAUUCUAUUCAAUGUCAUAAAAGGAUAAAUUAGCAAGGAACUUCAUUAAGUUAUUUUCUCAGAAAACGGUCACAAGAUGAUCUGUUAGUGGAAUAAAUAGCCAGCUAUAUAUAUGAGGUCA